AUGAAGUUGAGAAAUCGACGUCCCCGCGAUGUUAUGACCCAUUCAAAUUCGUCGAGCCUCGAUUCGGAAAGCCCGCUGUUGAUCCCCGAGAACAAUAUGGGACAAUUGAUACGACAAGUGGGCAUAUUGCUCAAAAAGGAAUUGUUGAUCAUAUCACGGAGCAAAUUGUGGUUCUUCUUCGAGAUUCUGGCCGGGUUGUUGUUGUUACCAUUGAUUGUCUUCAUUGUUGCGGUAAGUUGAGUUUUUUUCUAUGUAUUCUUGGUUUAGAAGAGUGGCGGAGGUAUACACAAGAGUCAGAGUUUUGGGCCAGUGAAUCUUCAUGGAAACUCGCAAGAUAUCCAGCAGCAGGUCAAGAGUAUUGCGAGGAUCUUCCAGAGAUGGUGUGGAUCGCCGAAAUUGGUUGGAUACAGGUAAAUAAUACCUGUUUUAGUCGGUGUUUACUUUCUUCUAAUAAAAUAGACCUUUUGCUUCCUUCGAAAAAUAAUUUUGAGCCUAUUGACGUCUAAAUUUUCUUUCAGCGGAUAUGAUUCAACGAUAGCCAGCACAUUGAUGUUGAAGAUCGAAGAAAGAUUCAAAGAAAACCCGACGAGACUUACAAUUCGGCAAUUUGAGAACAUUGAUGCCCUCAGGAAAACAUUGAUAAAAGAUCUGAACGAUACAUCGGACAAAAUGUGCGGAAGAUUCCUUGGUAAGUUAUAUUGUUUUUGUUUUUAGGUGUUCUCCUAUCCCUAUAAAUCCCAAUGAAAUUAUGUUUUCUAAUGUCCCCUUUGAUUCUAGGUGGCGUCCACUUCGAGAAGUUGGAUUUAUCGUCGAAAGAAUUGAAAUAUCGGAUACUCUUCCCUCGGCGAAUGGAACAAAAGUGGUAUCUACAAGAUUUCUGGCCCGAAGAUGGGCCAUACAGUGCCUCAGCUGACUUCAAUUACAUCCCUGGAGAGCCUCAGUACUGGUCGAGUGGAUUUUUGAGUCUUCAGUUUGCAAUUGAGAGCUCUUUCUUAGAGGUAUGUUGUUUUAGUUUUUUUUUUUGAAAUUUUAGGUGUAAAAAGUGUUGAAAUCGAAAUUGGUCUGGGAAUCUGCAUAUUAGAAGUUGGCAGAAGAGAGAUGCAUUAUUUUGAGAUCGUUUAUAGACAAAAAGCUGAAAUAUUUUUGCCUAGUUUAAUAUAAAUUUUUCUCAAAUAUUCAAGCAUUUUUCCCUGUUUUAGCUCCUUGGAACCAACAUUGAAGGCCCAGUAUAUCUCCAGCGAAUGCCCACGGCCGAGUUCAAGAACUCUCAGAUCAUCGCGUUCCUCAAACGGACCCCAGGACUCUGGAUGAUCUUGGUUUUGAUGUCCCUAUUACACACUGUCAAGAACAUUGUUGCCGAAAAAGAUGCCGGAAUCAAAACCUUCAUGAUGGCAAUGGGUCUAAAUUCCGUUGCCUUUUAUGGAUCCCACUUUUUGAUUGGCGCUAUGAAAGUCGGAAUCACCAUGAUAAUAUGCGCUGGGACGUUCAGCAUUGGAUUGGUCGUAAGUUUAUAUUUGUUUAUAUUGUUUUUCCAAGUUUAGAGAGCAGAAUGGAGUAAUAUCUGAGCAUUUCAGUACGUCAGCGCAUCACUUUUCAUCGUAUUCUCCCUUCUGUUUGCAAUUGCCUCGAUCAUGUUCGGAAUCCUAAUAUCCGCCCUCAUCCGAAAGCCCACCCUUGCCCUAAUCGCGGCUCUGGUGGGAUGGAUUGGCUUCUUUGUCAUCGAUAUGAUGUAUACAGUGUCGCUUAUCAAAAUUCCCCAAUGUUUUUUGGCCUCACUGAAUGUUUUCACGGCUCUGAAAUUGGGAAUUUCGGCGAUGCGAAUGUCCGAAACGACUACAUCGUACAUUGGAUGGACCAACAUGUUCGCAAAUUCCUCCCACACCUUCACUGUGGGCCUGGCUUUGCUCAUGCUGGUCUUCGAUAUAUUGAUCAUGCUGCUGUUGGCCUUGUAUUUGGACGCGGUUUGUCCCACGGAUUCGAGUCCACGAAGACAUCCAUGGUUCUUGUUCGGAUAUAAAUAUCAUAAUGAGUUGUUAACGGAUGGACAUGAUGAAGUAGAUGCGGAUGAAGUCAAUGAAAAUGUGGAAACGGACUCGGCCAUGGGAAAAGAUUUGGCCGAUAUUGAUGUAAGGCACAUGAGCAAGAUUUGGGAGGGAACUGGACAACGCGCCGUGGAUGAUUUGAGCUUCAGAGCGUAUAGGGGACAGGUGAGAAAGGGGAAGAUGAUUUGAAAGGGUUUGAGUGAAACUUGAUCAAUUGGGAUAUUGUACUUGAUAGGGAAGAAUGAAAGGGGAAAUUCUCGAAGUGGCAUGUUCGGAUUUGUUUGAAAUUUGGCAAAGAUGCUUUGUCUAGACUAUAAAUUAAGUCUUUACAGUGAGGAAUCUGAUCCAGUGGCAAAGAACGUACCAUUUUGCAUCCCGGAAGUAUGAAAAAAUGUAGGAAAAUGUCUUCCUCCCCAACUAAAAAUUCUCCGUUUUGAAGGGCCCUCACAAAAAGAGCGGGCGGGCUUUUGAAAUCAGAGUUUUUUUCACUUGGAGAGGGAGGUAUUUUGCUACGUCUUUUUGAUACUUCUCGGAUGCAAAAUGGUACGGUUUUUGCCACUGGAUCAGGUCCGCCACUGUAGCUCAUGCUUUGAUUUUCUUACGUGUUUAUUGUUAGAUCGUUUUUUUACCUGUGUACUUUCAGAUCACCGUCCUUCUUGGCCACAACGGCGCAGGAAAGUCGACCACAUUCUCAGUCAUCUCCGGAUCCACGAAGCUUUCGUCUGGAUCGGUAUACAUUUGUAAAGCUGACCUCAGAGAGAAUCUCCAUGAUUGCCAGAGAAAUGUCGGAUUUUGUCCUCAGUAUAACCCACUUUUUCCAAGGUUAACCGUCAAGGAACAUCUUCAAUUCUAUGCCAAACUAAAGUCGGAUGAGAAAUCGCAUGCGGUAGAUGCGGAAAUUGACGAAAUCACCGGCCAAAUUCAACUGAAAUCGAAAUUGGAUACGGUAGGUGUGGCAAGGAGAAGAUAAAUUGAAAUUUUGGGAAUUUCAUGGAUUUUUGGAGUCUGAGUUGUAGUGUGGUAUAAAAUAUGGAGCGUUUAGAAUAUUAUGAAGCAAUUUUCAGCUCGCUGAAGCCCUUAGUGGAGGCAUGAAACGCAAACUUUGCGUGGCGAUGGCCCUCAUUGGAGACAGUCGAGUGGUUUUGUUGGACGAACCGACCGCCGGAAUGGAUCCAGAAGCUCGAAAUGACGUCCGAAUCCUCCUCGAAAAGUCCAAAAAACAUCGAACGAUCCUGCUGACAACUCAUUACAUGGACGAAGCCGAUCUCCUCGGCGAUCGCAUUGGAAUCAUGGUGAAGGGAAGGAUGGUCUGCAAUGGGUCCUCGGAAUUCCUGAAACACCGAUUUGGAACGGGAUAUAUCUUGACGUUCACUGUGGAUCAGACCUAUAAAGUCGAACCGAUUCAAACUACGGCUGAACGAAUUCUAAGAGUGGCCAAAAAACACACUCCGGAUGCGAAGUUGGACAACAUGACUCCACAUGAAUUUAGUGUAAUAUUGCCGGUGGAUCAAAAGAAAUAGUAAGGGUUUUGGAGUUUUUAGAUACAGGAGAUACUAGAGAAGGCUUUAGGAUACAUUGGUUUGCUUGAGUUGACUUGAUUUUAGAGUAAUAGCCGAUUUAAAUUGAUUUAGAUAUCUAGAGGUGCCUAGUACAAUAUCGUGAAUUUCUUGAUGACACAUUCGAAUUUUUAUAAGUUCGGUUGUUUAUUUAAUAGCUUAAUGAUUACCAAAGGCACUGGCGUUAGCAGAAAAUUAGUUUGACUUUAUCAUCAUGAUGAUUAACAUUGAUUUAUUUGACCUACCGACCAAAAAUAAUUUGUUUUUUUUUCAGCUUUGCCAACUUGUUUGAAGAACUUGAAAGCCGCAAAAAGGAACUCCAAAUUGGAGACUUUGGACUGUCCUUCAACACUCUUGAACAAAUCUUCCUCAGAGUCGGAGAAAUCGCCGAUCCCCAAGAGCAACAUCAAGAAGACAACGAAGGAAUCGAAAAAGAUGCUGCCGAACUUUUUUCGACUGAAAGUAAGUCGUUACAAGUCGUUAUUAAGCUUUAUGAAGUAUUGCGGGUUAAUUUAGAAGGUUGGGAUUUGGAUUUUGAAGAUAUUGAGCUAUUGAUGAUGUAAUUUUAGGUACCCAAUGUGGAGACCAGGUCCUUUGUCUGAAACAGAUAGCCACCCUCUUCCACCGACACUUCCUCAACCUCCAACGCAACAAAUGGCGCACUAUUGGCCCUAUCCUGGUGUCGUUGAUCUUGUUCGGACUCUACGCCGGCUUCCACAGCUACGAUAACACGAUCAAAAACGAAUCCAAAGACCUAUCUCUAGCCUCUCUGGACCCUCUCUCCAUCCCCGUGAUCACUUCCCAAAGCUCCACAACGAGUCUGAAUAUCCCGUUUUUGGUGGGGAAAUUGCCGCAGAUGCGGUUGCUAAGCCUGUCGCCACUUGGUAACAUGACCGCCGAGCUGAUCCGCCGCGCCUACGAAGACCCGCCCUUAGGCAUCGGAGCGAAUGUCAUGGCCAACAACACGAUCAUGGCCUUGUUCAAUGGCGCCUUCCUGCAUGGACCCCCAACUGCCAUCAAUUUGGUCACCAACAGCAUGCUCAAAAAAGGCCCUCAGGCGAUCCAAUUGAGCAUCGAAAUUUACGACGUCCCAACGCAUGAUUUCGAGUCGGCGGAAAUUGCAAAACAGGGAACGGAUGUGAAUUUAGUGGUGGCGAUUAUUGCUAUCCUGGCAUUUUCAAGUCUCACCUCGACGUUUGUCAUGGAAAUUGUGGAAGAUAAUGUUUCCAGAUUCAAGAAUCAGCUCCUGUUGACCAAGAUGAAUAUCUGGACCUAUUGGAUCAGUUUGAUAUUGUGGCAUUUGCUCAUAUAUUUGGUGUUUUGUUUACUCCUAACGAUCGUUUUUGUGGCUUUUGGGUGGAUGCAAGGAGUUAUGAUUGAGUAAGUGGGAUUUUGAGGGAAAAAUUAUAUUGUAGUAGGUAGAAAUUGAGGAAAUUUUUGAAAAAAUUUGGAUGCUUUGAUGUUAUAUGAUCUGUAAGGGGGUUCUAAUAGUAUUUAGUGAGUUUUGAGGCGAUUUUGGAUAUUAUACUAGGCAAAAGUUAUAUUACACUAGGUGUAAAAUUUUGAAAAUUUUUUUAAAUGUGGAUUAUUUUGACCUUGAAUUGGUCUGAAAAGUUGUUUUAGAUUCUAAUUUAUGUAUGGAAAAAAAGUUUAGACGGUAAAAAAAUGAAAAAUAUAUUAUUUUAGGUAUUAAUUUUAAUUUUUCAGGAAUUUCGUCCUGUGGGCGCUCUAUUUUUGGUCCAUUUUGCCGUUUGUCUACUGCUUCUCAUUCCUCUUCAACUCUUCCGUCAAAGCAUAUGCGGCGCUGCUCUGCUGGAACGUUGUGAUUUCAGUCAUCGCCUUGAUUACUGACGUCACUUUCCAAGCCCUCCAACUCAGAAUUCGAGAAGUUUUCCAUUACCUCACAUACAUUGUUCUCCCCGCAUUUUCCCUCGGAAAUGGAAUCAUCCAAGUCGCAAUUCAUGCCGGAAUCCCCAACCUUCCAGAGGGCACCGUUUUCGAAGCCAUCAAGAGUAUAAUUUACUGUCAACUGGCUGGCGGCUUGCUCUUCUGGUCGAUAAUUUGUGUCCUAGAAUCAAAGAGGAUUGCAUUAUUGGCCCACUCACUCCAUUGCAAGAUCAGAAGAAGCCCGUAUCAGAUCGUAAGUGCAAUUUUUGUCAAGUUUUUACCUAAAAUAAGGUAAAUUUGGUCUGAAAAAGACGAUUUUUUGAUGUUUUGUGAAUCUUUUUUAUUGUAAAUAAUUUUCCGAGCUUUGUAAUGGAAUUCUUGACCCUUGUUUUGCUUUGGAUGUGAAAUUUGAAAUUGAAAUUUGCUAAAAUUUAGAUAAAUUCUCAGGUGGAUGGAGAAGUGGAACUCAAUGAAGAUGAAGAUGUCACAAGAGAAAGGGAAAAUGUAAGGUCAAAGGAAGACAAUGCCUUCGCGUUGACGGUCAGAGAGAUCUACAAGUUUUAUGGCGAUUUUUGCGCGGUCAGAGGGUUGACCUUUGGGGUCAAACAAAAUGAUUGCUUUGGAUUACUUGGUAAGCGAUUUUUAAGACUUUUUUUGGGGUUUGAUUUGAAAUUUGUGAGUAUCCAGAAGAUUUUUGAAGGGUGGUUUGGGGUUGAAAAGCGAUUUUGAGAAUUUUGGGACAUUAUUUUAGGUAAAAAUAAAAGUGAUUUUUUUUGGAAUUCUGGGGCAUUAGAAUUGAGUUUAAUGUUUUUAAUUGCAGUUUGAGGGUGUUUAGAGGAUUCUAGAAAGAUGUUUUUGGUGUGAAAAGCAAUUUUGAGAAUUUUGGGACAUUAUUUUAGGUAAAAAUUAAAGUGGGUUUUUUGGAAUUCUGGGGCGUUAAAAUUGAGUUUAAUGUUUUUAAUUGUCAUUUGAGGGUGUUUAGAAGAUUUUGGAGAGGGUUUUCGGUGAUUUGACAUGAUUUUUUGUUAGUGGUGGACCUUAAUUUUUGAGGGUUUUUAAAAAAAUUCUGUCCUAAUAUGCCAUUUUCAGGUGUGAACGGAGCUGGAAAAACAACGACGUUUAGUAUUUUGACCGGCGAAAUGUUCGCCUCGGCUGGCCGAGCGACCGUCGAAGGAGUGGAUGUUGUGGACGGCCCCACCAUCGGAUACUGCCCUCAGUUUGAUGCCCUUGCCUUGGAUUUGACUGGCCGAGAACUCCUGACCAUCCUCGGCCGACUGAACGGAUUCCAUAAUGUCGAACAUCGCGUUCAAAAAGUCCUAGAAAGCAUUCGGAUGGCCCCUCAAGCCGACAAAUUGAUCGGUUUCUACUCGGGAGGCCAGAAAAGAAGGCUCUCGAUUGGAGUGACGCUCAUGUCCAAGUCGACGUUCAUCAUGCUGGACGAACCCACCGCCGGCAUUGAUCCAUCCACCCGCAGAAAGAUUUGGCAAUUAAUUCAAGCGGUACGCAAACAGAACGUCGCGAUUUUACUGACCAGCCACUCGAUGGAGGAGUGCGAGGCGCUCUGCAAUCGGAUCGGAUUCAUGAACAAAGGAGCCCUGAUCAGCAUCGGAAGCAGCCAGCAUCUCAAGAGCAGGUAAAAUUUUAGUGGAAAGUGAUUUCUAGAAGUUUUGGAGAGUUUAUGGAAAAAAACGUUAAAUUUUAUGAAUGACGAAAAAAUUUAGGGAUGAAAAACGUAAAUUAAAAAAAAGUUUGAAUUUGGUUUUGUAAAAUGAUUUCUGGAAGUUUUGGACACUUUAUGGAAAAAACGUUAAAUUUUAUGAAUGACGUAAAAUUUAGGGAUGAAAAACGUAAACUUUUAAAAAGUUUGCACACGAUUUUUUUGAGGAUGUAUGUGUAAGUUCUCAACAGCAGGUAAAAUUUUAAUUGGAAAAUGAUUUCUAGAAGUUUUGGAGAAUUUAUGGAAAAAACGUUAAAUUUUAUGAAUGACGUAAAAAUUUAGGGAUGAAAAACGUUAAUUUUAAAAAAGCUUGAACUUGAUUUUUCUGUAAGUUUGAGGUAAUUAGAGUGCUCUUUGAACCGUUUUUAUCGAGUAAUUGGAUUGAAAUUAAAAAAAUGAGCAAUUUGGAGAUGGGUAAGGCCCCAAUUUGAAGUAAAUCCCCUGGAUUUCCGAUCCGAUUGUACUAAUUUUGCAUUCAACCCGAUUAUUAGGCCCCAUUAUCGUUUAUUACGGAUUAAUUUUGCAAGAUUUACAUUUGCGACGUAGAAAGGUUUAAAAAAAGCGCAAAACGUACAGUUUUAUGGAUUUUGUAAUGAAAACAAACCGGAUUCCGGAAGAAUUUUUGUGUGUUUUUUGCGCAUAGGCACUAAGACGGCUUUGAAGAAAAGCUGUUGUUGUUUAGGGAAGUAAUUCGGGGGUUUUGAAGGUCACGAAGCUGGUUUUUUGACGUAUUUUGAGUCAACUAGACGAUUUUUGACUAAAAUAUUAGUGUUUUUUGAAAAAUCCGCAUUGAGAAUACGGUAAUAUGUGGGCGGUAAGAGUUGUACAAGGUGUGUUGGGAUUUAUUCAGCGGUUAGAACAUAGUUUGGAGUGAUUUUGUUAAGAUUAUUUGCUAAAAUUUUUGUAAAUUUUUGAAAUUAAAAUUUUUUUUCGAGGAUUACUGUAAGAUUUUGGUGAAAAGUGACGUGAAAGAGUCUUUUGAAGUGUUUACGCGAAGUGUGAAGCACUUUCUACACUUUUUUUUGAAAAUUUUUUCCUAAAUUGCCGGAUGUGUUACAGUAUUUAACCCUGUGACCUCCCCCGAUUGUUGACCCAUUGAGCUGAGCACCAAAGAUUGUGCACCUUAGAUUACACCUUUUUCAAACAGCCUCGCUUGCAAACGCGGCGGCAUCAGAAAACUUAAUCGGCCCACGCCAUUGUCUGGAAGCCCUCCAUUUCCGCGAAUUUUGGCCGGGAUUUUUUUUUGGAACACUCAAUUGUCACCCACACGGGUUAGCGACAAUUAUGACGAAACAACAAAGGAAAGAUUGGCGUUUCGCGGAAAGUUGAGAAUCUUGGAGUCUUUUGAAUAAUUGGGAAUUUGAAUUUUUAAUGGAGCAGUUUAAAAAAAGGACAGACAGUUUAGAAGGUGGAACGCUUAAUUUAAAGAUUAUUUGAGAGGAAAUGUUCAGAAUAAUGGAAAAAAUUGAGCGAAAAAAAAUUAUUUUUUCAUCAAAUUUGUAUGAUUUUACUAGAUUUGUGCCAUUUUCAAAGUGUUGAUGCAAAUUUUAAUGACUAAGAUUUGUUACAAACCACUUUAAGAAGCCUGACAGGUAAAAUGAAGUCUGUUUUUAGCUGUAGAUUACUGUAUUUUUUGCAGAAAUUAUCAUUUGAUUUCGAAAAAUGACAAAUUUUCCUCUUUAUGGAUGGAAUUGGAAUUUUUCAAUAAUUUUUUAUGUAAAACGACAUUUUCGGAGAUUUUCAAGGACAAAGAAUGUAGUUUUGAGGUUUUUGACCUCAAGAAUUUGUCAAAAAACUACUGUAAAAUGAUCGAAAAUACGUGUUUUCGGUCAAAAACAGCAAAAUUUCACGAUUUUUUUGAAAUUUCAAUAAAAAAAAAUUUUUUUUAUCAUCUUCAAACUAAUUAAUGAUCAUUAUAGAUCCUCAAGACCUCACAAACUAAUCCCCGGUUGUUUCAGAUACGGUAACUCCUUCCUGCUGACCUUCACCAUCGCGAAUCCGGAGCCGGCGGUGAGCGCGGCGUUGGACGCUCAAAUUACCCGCGAAUUCAACGUAAGAAUGUGGAAUGGGUCUCGUGGGAAAUGUUGCGGGGAAUCGUUGAUGAGUCGACAUAUCGUAUUUUUGUCGUAUAUCGGGAGAAAAGGCGGAAAUAAGCAAACAUUUUUGGUGGGAAACAAAAAAUUAAAGGAAAAUUGAAGAUUUUUUGGGAAAAAAGGGCGAGAAAUGAGGGAAAUUGAUAGAAAAGAGAUGAAAAAUGUUGGUGGCAUAGUCAAAUAAUUUGUUUUAUAUUGUGUGAUGGCCAAGAGAAGGGAGAAUUGACCCUUUUUAUUUAACUUGACAUCAAUUUUUGUCAUGGUGAAGAUAAUUUUUUGCAAAUUUUGGGUAAAUUCAAAUGUUUUUCAUUGUGUAUUGGCUCAAAAUGUUAUCUACACUCCUUGAAAGGCCAUAAAAUUUACGUUUUCAGUCAUUUUUCAAACUUUUUUAAAAUUUUUUUUGAGAUGAAAAAGUCAUUUUUUGCCAAAAAAAUUUUGGUUUUUUGCCCCCGCUAAAAAGUUUGUUUUCACGUUGUAUUCUCUAGCAUGAAUAUUAGACCAGAAAAAUGAUUGAAAAUGUAGCCAUUUGCCCUUGAAAAGCCCUCUACGGUACUCAUUAAAGGCAUGAAUAAGGCCAAAAAUGUAUUUCUGAACUCAUCCUUUCACAACAGUUUUAACGCAUCGUCUCCUCGACGUUACGUAGGCGUCCCAAAAGGGCUGUUUUCGUUGAAUUUUUCGUUUUUUCUUUGACUAAAAAUUCAUCUAAAAUAAUAUCUCUUUAUAUCUCUUGAAUGGGUUUAAAUUCUUGAAUUUUUUGAACUGAAAUUUGUCGAAAUAUUCAUCGAAAAGCAGUACAAAUGCACACAGAGGUAUGUGCGAGUGUAGAACACAUGAUGUAGUAGGGAUAUCCGUGAGAAGGUUUAAUUUCCUGCGAAUUUUUCGCUUCACCUACACACAAUCGUCUAAAAUAACAUAAAAAACAGCGGAGGAGCGGAGGAUUUUGUAUCCGGGUCCACUCAAAUAUGGCUCAGUAGAUUGGGAGUGAUGUGUGUUUUGUAAUAUUUUAUAUGGGUAUAUGGAAAAUUUUUGCAGGCCAAUUCCACCCUGGACCCCCCAGAGACCCCCACUCAGCACUGGGAAAUCCCCCGAUUGCCCGGACAAACAUGGUCGAAGCUGUUCCGAAGAGCACAGGAAAUCGCUGACAGUCAUCCACAUCAAGCAAUCCUCCCUCCGGGCAGCUCUCAGCCAAGAAUCAUCGACUUUUCGCUGACCCAAAAUUCAUUGGAACAGGUGUUCCUGAGGCUCGCGGAAAUGUCCCAGACUGAACCAGUCCUGAAUCGAGGGCAUUAA